AUUUUAAAAUUACAAAAAAAUUAUCCGCUCAAUGUGUAGUCUGAAGUCUGAACAGAACAAAGACCGGACUUGUGUUGAGAAGCAAGCUGGGUUGCUACAGCCAUGCAAGUCCUUCAAACCUCUUAUCUCUUUACUUUCCCUAAACCUUUAAACCCUUCCUCUCCGCAUUCCCACCUUCACCCUCGUCUUUCGCCACUUCUCUUCCGCCGCCACCACCACUCUCUCUCCGUCGUCGCCAAGGCCUUCAGCUCCGACGAGUUCCCCGUCGACGACACCUUCCUCGACACAUUCGGCCCCAAAGACAAGGAAACCGAAGACGAAGCUCGAAGACGCAACUGGAUUGAGCGAGGCUGGGCUCCAUGGGAAGAAAUCCUCACACCGGAGGCCGAUUUCGCACGCAAGAGCCUCAACGAAGGCGAAGAGGUUGCUCUGCGUUCUCCCGAAGCCAUCGAAGCGUUCAAGAUGCUAAACCCUAAGUACCGAAAGAAGAAGAUGGAGGAAAUGGGAUUGACGGAGGAAGAUUACUACGCGAAGCAGUUCGAGAUCAAGGGAGAGAUUCCGGAGCCGCUGGUGACGAAGUGGUCGGGGCCACUAGUGGUUCGCCUCGUGCCGCCGCGCGAUUGGCCGCCUCGAGGUUGGGAGGUUGAUCGGAAGGAAUUGGCGUUCAUUCGUGAGGCGCAUAAGAUGCAGGCGAGGAGAGUGAGCUUGGAAGAGGUUGCGAAUGAUGUGAGAACUGAAACUGACGAUGUGUGCGUGGAUAGGUACAAGGUGUUUCUCAAGCAGUAUAAGGAGUGGGUGGAGGCUAAUAAGGAUAGAUUGGAAGAGGAGUCUUAUAAGCAAGACCAAGAUUAUUACCCUGGUAGAAGGAAAAGAGGCAAGGAUUAUAAGGAGGGAAUGUAUGAGCUUCCGUUUUAUUAUCCUGGGCAAAUUUGUCUAGGGAAGGUGACAAUGCUGCAUCUCUAUCAAGGGGCAUUUGUUGACAUUGGUGGUGUACACGAUGGGUGGGUUCCUAUAAAGAAUAAUGAUUGGUAUUGGAUUCGCCAUCACAUAAAAGUGGGUAUGCACGUCAUUGUUGAAAUUACGGCAAAGCGAGAUCCUUAUCGCUUCCGUUUUCCUAUCGAACUUCGUUUUGUUGAUCCAAAUAUAGAUCAUCUAAUAUUUAACAGAUUUGACUCCCCACCAAUAUUUCAUCGUGAUGAAGAUACUAACGAAGAUGAAUUACGGCGUGACUGUGGAAGACCUCCUGUUCCUAGAAAAGAUCCAGGAGACAAGCCACAGGAAGAAUCUCUAUUGUCUAACCAUCCAUACGUUGAAAAGUUGUGGCAAAUUAAUGUAGCUGAGCAAAUGAUUUUGGAUGAUAUGGUGAUUAAUCCUGAUAAAUACAAAGGCAAAAAGAUGUCAGAGUUGGAUGAUGAAGAGGAUUUUAAUGAAGAAAAUGCUGUUCAGUAUACAAAAGCUUAUUAUAAGAAUACAUUACUACCAAAAACUAUUCUGAAAACAAGUGUCAAAGAGCUUGACUUAGAGGCAGCACUUGCAGAGCGUGAACUCCAUACUAAAUUAAGGAAGCAAGCAAAUGAAAGAGGUGAGAAAUACAAAAUUACCAAGUUGAGGCGCAAUGAUGAGAUGGAUGACUAUGACUACAUGCAUUGGCGUAGAUCAUUUGAGGAAAGAGAAGCAUUGCUUAGAGAUAUCAGCUGUCGCAAAGCUCUUGAUCUACCAUUGGAAGAGCCAGGAAGGUAUGUUGAUGCUAGUUAUUUUGGUAAUGACCAAUAUGAUCCUACAAGUCCUCUGUAUCGUUAUGACUACUGGGGGGAACCCAAGAAUUCCGAGAAGAGCAUGCAAGACCGGAUGGCAGAUAUCCAUAACAAAAGAAUUGUGGGCAAGGGCACUGUUUGGUAUGAAAUGUCGUACGAAGAUUGCAUCAAGCAACAGAUGGAAAGAGAAGCCCUGUCGAAGGGACAGCAGGACCAAGAAGUUUACAAUGAAGAUACAAAGCAUUCUGAAGAUGAGGAUGAGGAUGAGGAUGAAGAUGACGAUGACUUUGACUUCAGCAUUCUGAGCAGUCUUGGUAAUAAUUUCUCAGAUCAGCCUCGUGUUAAUGGGACUGAGUCUUCUGGAAUAUCAGGGGAGGGCAUGUUUCAGGAUUGAUGCUACAAUACACUAUUGUGUAGCUAAAGUAAAAUGUACAGUUAGGAUUGAGAAAUGUGCAUAAAUUUUGGCGGUGUACCAAUGGCGAUCUAGUUUUUUGUGAUGUUUUACGAAAAUUGCCAUACGCAUGAUGUCUUCAUAAAUUACGAAAGGAAAAAAAAAAAAAAACCGUGGUUGACUGAUACUACCGUUUAGAUUUGCAUGAAAUGAGAAUCUAGGACAUUCUGUGAUAUGUACAAUAUUACGCUUUAGAAGUUUACAUCUUCAUCUCCAUACAAUUUUAAAUUUACGGAUGAAGCAAAAUAUUUAAAUAUAUUAUUGUACAAAUAUUUUCAAUAUUGUGUGGAUAUAUUAGGGAAGAUUUUCGUUUGU